UGCAACUUCAGACGUCACUCAUUGAAAACACCAUGGCAGCCACCAAAGCCUCCAAAGAACAGAAAUACGACAGACAACUCAGACUGUGGGGGGACCAUGGUCAAGAAGCACUGGAGAAUGCACACGUUUGUCUCAUCAACGCCACGGCAACUGGGACAGAAAUACUGAAGAACCUAGUGCUACCAGGUAUUGGCGCAUUCACCAUAGUUGAUGGACACACUGUCUCUGGUGAAGAUGUUGGAAACAACUUUUUCCUCAGUAACAACAACAUUGGAAAGAACAGAGCACAGGCUGCCACUGAGCUUCUACAGGAACUUAACAGUGACGUUUCUGGGAACUUUGUUGAAGAGAGUCCUGACAAGCUCCUGGACAACGAUCCAGAGUUUUUCCACAGGUUUACUUUAGUCAUUGGUGUCCAGUUGCCAGAAAGCAUAUGUUUGAGGUUAGGCUCGGCUCUGUGGAGUGCCUCUGUACCAUUCCUUGUCUGUAAAACCUACGGUCUGAUUGGCUACAUGAGGCUGGUAGUGCAGGAGCAUACAGUGAUUGAAUCUCACCCGGACAAUGCCUUGGAGGACCUGAGGUUAGACCAGCCUUUUGCAGAAUUCAAGAAUCACAUCAAGACCUAUGACCUAGACAGCAUGGACAAAAAGGACCACAGUCACACUCCGUGGGUAAUCGUUGUUGCUAAAUACCUGGAGAAGUGGCUCAGUGAGCAUAAUGGUCAGCCACCAAAAAACUACAAAGAGAAAGAGGCCUUCAGACAGCUUAUCCGGGGAGGGAUCCUGAAGAAUGAGAAUGGUGUCCCAGAAGAUGAAGAAAACUUUGAGGAAGCAAUUAAGAACGUCAAUACUGCUUUAAAUCCUACCAAGGUUUCUAGUGCUGUUGAAGACCUUUUCAAUAGUGAGCAGUGUAACAACAUCACAUCACAGACUGCCCCCUUCUGGGUGAUGCUGCGAGCUAUUAAGGAGUUUGUUCUUAAUGAAGGUCAUGGGAGUCUGCCUGUACGAGGGACCAUCCCCGAUAUGAUCGCUGACUCUCAGAAGUUUAUCAGCCUUCAGAAUGUUUACAGGGAAAAGGCCAUGCAGGAUGCAGCUGCUGUUUCCAAGCAUGUUGACAGUCUAUUGCAGUCUGUUGGAAAGCCGCCAGAGAGCAUCUCUGAAAAGGACAUCAAACUGUUCUGUAAGAAUUCCUCCUUUCUGAGGGUUGUUCGCUGCAGAUCUUUGGCUGAUGAAUAUAGUGUGGAUUCAGUAAAUAAAGAUGAAAUCACCUCAUUUAUGGACAAUCCAGAUAGUGAGAUGGUCUUCUACCUCAUGAUUCGGGCUGUUGAUCGAUUCUACCAGCAGCACUCUCGCUAUCCAGGAGUUUAUAACUACCAGGUGGAGGAGGACAUCAGCAAACUGAAGCUCUGUGUCAACAGCUUAUUGCAGGAGUACAGCCUCAAUGUCAACAUCAAAGAUGACUACAUCCAUGAGUUCUGUCGAUACGGAGCAGCAGAGCCUCACACAGUCGCUGCAUUUUUGGGAGGAUCUGCUGCUCAAGAGGCCAUCAAGAUCAUCAGCCACCAGUUUGUGCCAUUCUGCAACACUUUCAUUUACAACGCCAUGUCACAGACGUCUGCCACUUUACAGUUAUGAAUACAGUUACUGCUUCUGAGUGUGGUUCCAGAUACACGAGAGAAAGGAAUAAAAGCAGAGUUUCACA